AGUAUUGUUCGUCACCGCGACGUGAAUAGACAUUGGACGCAUUUUCAACUUAUAUUAUUAAUUCCCUUCUCUUUGGUCAACUUCUUUUUGAGCUCCUUCAAACAGUCCCCUUCUGCUGUUAGGCUGCUAACAACAUAUAUUUCAAAUUGUUUCUUAAGCUUUUUUCAAUUUACGAAAGGGAAUUUAUUGUGAAAAUUGUGCUGCAGAGAUGGACAGGCGGAACAGACUUAUUGUUGAUUCUAAAAUUUGAUUCGAUUUUUUGUGUGUGAUUGAGCCAAAAAAAAAACUUUAUCAAUUCGUGAGCUUUUGUCAGUGCUUUUGAAUCGUUUGUUCAGGUAGCAUUGAACAUUGAAUUGUUGUGGAAUUUUUGGCAAUUUCUCUGUGCUCCCUUUUCCUUGGCGAUGGGUGAGGAGAAGCACCGAAGCCAACAGCAUUCAAAUGGAUCCAACGGCAAUGUGGAGCACAGUGACUGAACGUGUGGUAAAUUUGUGGAAAAAUCGAGCAUCAUGCAAUAUGGAUAGAAAUACCAAAGUAAAUGGAGUCUCACAGUCAGACGAUCCAAUGCAGCAGCAAGUUGUCAAUUAUCUCAGGAAUCAUCCGGACUUCCUGGAGCACUACCUCAUGGAAGAGGUGGAAAUUGAGCAAAUGGAACGAUGGAUGAUCCGGAGGAUUCAGCGAUCAAAGAAGCAACCACAGCAGCAACAGGCACGCAAAACGAGCCUCUCUCGCUGGAGGUUUUGCGUGCACGCCGACAAGCGACAGAUGCUCCAGGAUCUCACACAUUCACUACAAUUGCGUCCCACGCGCUCUCACGUUCUCUGGGAAUUAGGUUCAUGCAUUUCCAGUGCUGUGGGUGCCGAUGGGUUCCGUCUGUAUCUCACCGAUACAGCUAAUCCUGAGCAGUUGAGUCUAUACCUGGAUCACGAUACCCUCACUGAGGAUGGAGAGCCGCGUUUGCACAAAAUUAAGUCUGGCUUGACUGUGCCACAGUACGUGGCACGUACACGGGAGCCCGUACGCCUCACACGUGGUGAUGUCGAUGCGAGAUUUCCCGAAGGAAUCACCAACAAGGACACCGCACACAUUCUCUGCCAGGCUGUGGUACAGCCAGAUGGGCAGCUUGUGGCGGUCCUCGAGCUAUGGAGACACGAACACGGAACACCCUUUCACGAGGAGGAUGAAGAAAUUGCCUACAGUUACCUCGUUUGGGGCGCCAUUGCCAUCCACUACGCCCACCUCUUUCUCAACAUGAACAAACAGCGGAAGCUCAAUGACUUCCUCCUUGCUGUUGUCAAGUCUAUAUUUCAGGAUAUGGUCAGCAUGGAUAUGCUGGUGAUGAAAGUCAUGAAUUUCGCUCAGCGUCUUGUCGAUGCUGACAGAGCGUCUCUCUUCCUGGUAGACGCUAAGAGUAAGGAACUCUAUGCCACAAUCUUCGACGUUGGCAACAAUGGUGGGAAAGCGGAAGGGGAGGAUGAAACUCAUGCUCCGAGUACUCCAAAAGAAAUUCGCUUCCCCCUAGGAACGGGUAUUGCAGGGCAAGUGGCGCUAACGGGGGAAGUUUUGAACAUUGCAGAUGCGUACUCCGAUUCACGCUUUAAUCGCUCAAUUGACCAAAUAACCGGCUACCGUACAGAGAGUAUCCUCUCCAUGCCCAUAUUCAUUCGUGGAAAUGUAAUAGGUGUCGUACAGAUGGUCAACAAGCACUCGGGCUACUUCACAAAGGAAGACGAGGAGGCUUUUGAAACUUUUGCCAUCUACUGCGGCUUGGCCCUUCAUCAUGCCAAACUCUACGAUAAGAUUCGUCGAUCGGAGCAAAAGUAUCGUGUUGCCUUGGAAGUCCUCAGCUACCACAAUACGUGCACUGAGGAGGAAGUGAGGCAAUGCAUUGAUAAAGAGGAUGGUUUGCACGUUGACCUCCUGCAGAAUUACUACUUCAGCGCCUUUGAGUAUGACGACUUCCAGAAGGUACAAUUUGCAAUAUGCAUGUUUACGGAUCUCUUUGGUCUGAGUCGCUUUGACAAGAUGAGUCUCAUACGGUUCACAUUGACUGUGAAGAAGAACUACCGACGUGUACCCUAUCACAACUGGACACAUGGAUUUUCUGUCGCCAAUACCAUGUACAGCAUCCUCAAGCGCUCAAAGGGUGUCUUCAAAUCCACUGAGUGCCUGGCACUCUUCAUUGGCUCCCUGUGUCAUGACUUGGAUCACCGUGGGAAGAACAAUAAAUUCAUGCUAGACUCGGAGUCACCACUUGCAGCCAUGUACAGCACAUCAACAAUGGAGCAUCAUCAUUUCAAUCAAACAGUGGCAAUUCUACAGCAAGAGGGUCACAAUAUCUUCAGUAAACUCUCCAAUUCGGAGUACAAACAAGUUCUCGGGCUUGUAAAGCACUGUAUUCUCGCCACAGAUUUAGCUUUAUUCUUCCCCAACAAAGCUCGUCUGUCGCAGCUUGUGGCUGAGGAUAAGUUCUCGUGGAAUAUCCUUGAGCACAGAAUCCUCCUUCAAGCCAUCGCCAUGACAGCCAGUGAUCUCUCAGCUUCUGCCAAGCCAUGGGAUAUACAAUGUGAAACAGUGAAGGUAAUUUUUGAGGAAUUCUACCAGCAAGGUGAUGAGGAGCGUUCCCUUGGCAGACAACCCAUGGCUAUGAUGGAUCGGAAUAAACCCGAUGAGCAGGCAAGCUCUCAGGUUGGCUUCAUUACAGGUAUCUGCAUCCCCUGCUACUCCCUCCUGCAGCACCUUCUUCCAGACACACAACCCCUUCUGGAUAUGUGCCAGCAGAACCUCGAUAAAUGGCAAAAACUGGCAGAUGAAGUACGCAGCGGCAAGUCAAUCAACAUUCUACAACUCAAUCGAGAAUAGUCUGUGAGACUUGCUACAAUAUAAAGGGAUCAAAACUUUCUGCAAAUUCAUAAUACGUCUUUCACCCUCUCCCCUAAAUUGCACGCAAAAUGUACCUUUGGAAGGAUUAUGAGAUGUUCCGUCAAAUAUGUUCCAUCCUCCACAAUAUCUUGUUAAUUUUUUUGUGAAUAAAUCAAUUAAUAAGAAAUAAAUGAAGUCACACAAAGUAAA